GUCUGGAGAUUUUUUCUUAUUUUCAAUUCUUGAUAAAUUUGCAUGUGUGAAGUAAAAAACAGAAUUCAGAAACUUUGCCAGAAUCCCUUCCAAACAUUGUGUGACAAUUUAUAGAGACUCACUCAACAGCGACUUCGAAAAGUUAUAACUUUUUAAACAAAAAAAAGAAAAUACAACUUGUAACCUACUGCUGACAAAGAAGGAGACGCAUCAUGCAAGUGAACCCUAUAUACCUCCCUAUACUGAUGACUUUACUGUUGACUCCACUCUCCAAAAACAGUGACAACUCGUUCAACUCUUUUUGGCAAAGUUUUUAUACUACCUAAUUAGUUAGGCCCUCGAAGAAAAAAAUAGUGCAAUUGUACACGUUAAAUCGAAGAAUUUCGUCAUCAUGCCUAUCAUUGGUAUCAGCAGCAAUUUCAACAAGCUGCUUGAAAAAGCUACGAGCAAUCUGAAUCUUGAACCCGAGUGGCCGACUAUCCUGAGCAUUUGCGAUCUUAUACGUCAGGGUGACGUGAGUCCAAAAAAUGCUCUUGUAGCCAUCAACAAAAAAAUAACUCAUGAAAAUCCACACACUGCUGGAUUUGGUUUACUGGUUUUGGAAUCUUGCGUGAAAAAUUGUGGUUCUCCAAUCCACGAUGAAGUUUGCACCAAGCAGUACAUGGAACAGCUCAAGGAGAUAGCCAAGACAACGCAGCAGGAAUCUGUGAGGAAAAAAAUUCUCGAACUUAUACAAGCUUGGGCUUAUGCUUUCCGAGAUUCUCCAAAAUAUAGAGCAGUACAGGACACUAUGAGAAUCAUGAAAGCUGAAAACUUUGAGUUUCCAGCUCUGCAAGAGAGCGAUGCUAUGUUCUCCGCUGACAUUGCUCCAGAAUGGGUCGAUGGUGACAAGUGUCAUCGUUGUAGAGUAGCUUUUAAUACUUUUAAUCGCAAGCAUCAUUGCCGAGCUUGCGGACAAGUGUUUUGUAGUCAGUGCUCGGGAAAAUUUUCAACCAUACCCAAGUAUGGCAUUGAAAAAGAAGUUCGUGUGUGCAACACUUGCUAUGAUCAAGUCAACAAGCCUGUUGUCGUAACGUCAAAACCAGAAACAGACUUGCCCAUAGAGUAUCUCACAAGUUCUUUGGCGCAACAGCAACAGGUGCCACCAAAAAAAACCGAGGAAGAGUUACGCGAAGAAGAAGAACUGCAGAUUGCUUUAGCUCUAAGCCAAAGUGAAGCUGAACACAAAGAGAAAGAAAAAAAGCGUGCCACAAGUGCCAUAAUAUCAAAUUCAACUGCUUUUACGAAAAUACAUUAUUCCCCGCCUCCCUCUCCAGUGAGUAUUUUAAAAUCAUUACGAGCUUCCAUAAAUCUUUGUUUGAAAAAUAUAUGCAUCAACUUAAUGCCUAAGGAACCAAGUCCUAAAAUCAUUCAGGAAGAGGAGGAAGUAGAUCCUGAACUUGCAAAAUAUCUGAACCGUCAAUAUUGGGAACAGCGCCAGUCCGCUUUGGAAGAACAAACCGCAAGAUUGAAUGUAACGAGUCCGUCGGCGCCAAACAUCGGCAGCAGUCCAAUGCCGCAAAAAGUAAUUGCCAUCAAACAGCAAAAUGGCGAGGUAGAUCCCGAGAUGAAGAGUUUUGUUGAGAAUCUACGAUCGCAGGUCGAAAUUUUUGUGAAUCGUAUGAAAAGCGACUCAUCCCGAGGACGAUCCAUUGCCAACGACAGUUCCGUCCAAACGCUCUUUAUGAACAUCACUGCUUUGCAUUCGCGGCUUUUGAAAUACAUUCAAGAUCAGGAGGACAAUAGAGUGUAUUACGAGGGUCUUCAGGACAAGUUGACACAAAUAAAGGAUGCCAGAGGUGCGCUGGACGCGUUGCGCGAGGAACAUCGCUUGGCGCUGCUGCGCGAGAAACAAGAAGCUGAGAGAAAAAAGCAAAUGCAAAUGGCUCAGAAACUAGAAAUCAUGCGCAAAAAGAAGCAAGAGUAUUUGCAGUAUCAACGCGAAUUGGCUCUGAGAAAUAUCCAGGAACAAGAACGAGAGAUGCAGAUGCGCCAGGAGCAACAGAAACAGCAAUAUAAACAAUUGGCAGGGGGAUUUCAAUCGAUUCCCGGUUUUAUGGGCCCGCCAAACCAAGGUUCUCCGGUGCGACAGAUGCAAUUUUCGGCAGGCCCAGAGGCUGCUUACAAUUCAUUGCCAACUACGAAUCCACAGAGCAUCUAUGCCUAUGCUGCUGGAGGUGGUACGGGAACGUAUUCGAGCCCAACUAAUUGGCCUAUGCAGCAUCAACAGAUGGUCAACCCGUCGGCUAUCACCGAUACCAAACCUCCCACUGUUGAAAGCCAGCAGCCUGCAGAAAAUCCUGAAAGUCUCGGGCGCGUGACCGUUUCAGGACCAGGAAUCCAAAUACCUGCGAUGCGGAAUCGUCAUUGUCCUGGUCAUCCACAACAGCAGCAGCAACAACAGCCACAACUAAAAAACAUUCAGAUACCUGGUCAAGUUUCCCAGCAACAAUCCCACAUUCCUACGACAACCCAGUCACCAAGUGGCCAUACUCACGUGACUAUUGCAAAUGAUAUGCAGAUGCCUUUGCAUUUGGAUUCGACACAGGUACCUCAAGGAGUUCACGUUAUGCAGUCUCAAGCACUCGCUCCCAAUCAUAUGUUACCUGAUUGCCAGAUGCUUCCGCGACAACAAAUUGUUAUUGGUCAAGGCCAAGGUAUACAGUUACAACAAGGCGUAUCUGGUAGACGUUUACCUAUGCAGUCGCAUCCUAUUGGUCCUAAUGUAUCCAUUCCAGGUUCAACUCAAGUAGUUAUGAGAAACGAUAUAAUGCCUGGUGCACAGCACAUGCAAGGAAUAGCGCAGAUUUCGGGUCCCCAACAGAUGCAAGGAGCUCAACAGAUCCCAACGUCUCAACACAUACAAGGGCCCCAGCAAAUUUCAAAUCACCAACAGAUGAUGCAGGGACCACAACAAAUACAAAAUUCCCAGCAGAUGGUACAAAACUUACCUACUGCAGUCUAUGCGCCUCUGCAAGAUGUUCGAGUUGGACCCAUGCAACUGCUACCCCAACAGCAGCAACAACCGCAUCAACAACAACAACAGAACCAACAACCACCACUGCAUCAGCAGCAGCAGGAGCAGCAACCAAUGGUGAUUCAAAAGGUAGAAGAAGAAGAAAGAAAAUCGCCAGAAGUUGCCGAGCUGAUAUCAUUCGAUUAGGACUAAUCAAUUCAUAUUUCUUGCAUUUACCUACUGAAUGAUUAUAUUUUAGGUCGAUAUUGAAACAUGUUGCAAAUAAAAUUUGAGUAACAAAGUAGAUUCUUGUAUGAAAAUUAUCUCUUUAUUAUUANAUUAUUAUUAUUAUUAUUAUGAUUAUUAUUAUGAUUAUUAUUAUAACAAUCUUUAUACUACUGUUGUUGAUAUUAAUUUUAUUUUUAUCAAAAUGGUUUCUACAAAAUGUGACUGCUAUGUAGAGUAUAACGCUUGAAACACAGAAUAUCUAUAGUUAUAUUUGAAACGGGCGUGACUUGUGAUCACAUGUUUAUAAAUUGUCUCUUGUAAACUCCUCUAUU